CAACUCAUAACAUUUAUUUUCUCACUCUUUCUUUUUUUUAUUCAUCUCUCUCUAGCUAAAAUUAUAUAAAUCUCGAACUUGUGGAUAUAUAAAUAAAUAAUAAUAAAAUGGAGACAAUAGGAGGAAUAAGUAGUGGAGGUACGGGAUCAUCAGGAGAAGCAGAGGUGCGAAAAGGACCGUGGACGAUGGAAGAAGAUCUUAUUCUUAUCAAUUAUAUCGCCAACCACGGCGAUGGCGUUUGGAACUCUCUCGCCAAAUCUGCAGGUCUAAAACGCACCGGAAAAAGUUGCCGCCUUCGGUGGCUCAACUAUCUCCGCCCUGACGUACGACGUGGAAACAUCACGCCGGAGGAACAACUUACCAUCAUGGAACUUCAUGCUAAGUGGGGAAACAGGUGGUCCAAAAUCGCUAAACACCUUCCAGGAAGAACGGACAAUGAGAUCAAGAAUUUCUGGAGGACAAGAAUCCAAAAAUACAUCAAACAAACCGAUGUGACAGCAACAACAACGUCCUCCGUUGGAUCUCAUCACAGCUCAGAAAUCAACGAUCAAGUUGCAAGUACGUCGAACCAUAAUGUCUUUUGUACACAAGAUCAAGCGAUGGAGACAUAUUCUCCUACAACUACGUCCUAUCAACAUACCAAUAUGGAUUUCAACUAUGGUAACUACUCUGCGGCUGCGGCUACUGCGACUGCGACUACAACGGCAGAUUAUUCAAUUCCAAUGACUGUUGAUGAUCAAACCGGUGAAAACUAUUGGGGCAUGGAUGAUAUUUGGUCAUCAAUGCAUUUACUCAAUGGUAAUUGAUUAGUCAAGAUGGAUCAGAAAUAUGGAAUAUUACUUUAAGAUUUGUGAUUUUUAGGAGUACUGUAAUUAGUACGUGACAUGUAUAUGGUUUUUGCCUCGCUGCUUAGAGGUUUGGGGAUAUAAUUUAUAUGUAAUAUUAAUGAUCUAAAUCCUUGAUAUAUAUUUGAACUCCGUUUGAUGUUAUAUAUAAAUAAAACUGGAGGGGUCAUCUAUUCUUCGGAU